GCAGAUGUCAGAUGUUAAUUUGUCUAAAAAUACGUUUUACCAGUUUAUAGAAAAUACUGAGUUAAAGAGAUAACAGAAGAUAAGAAUGUUAUAAAAACCGAAAACAAACGAGAGUAUGAAAUUAGAAUUUCGUGGUACUUUGAUAUUUAAUUCAGUUAAUUGAGAGAUGAGUCAUUCUCAGAAGCACAAUGCAAUGCAUUCCUAUACUUAACACGCGGAUUGUUUGCAGUUUAUACGUUAAGCAUUUGUUUGUGCUCUUUGUUUAAAACAUGUCUGUGAUAAUUUAAUAACCCAUAUCUAUCGAUUGUGAAACGUAAUUGUUACAUCCUAAUUAUUACUGAUGCAGAGUUUCCAGUAUUAAAUGUUGAACGCAGAAAAUGGACAGCAACACAACUCGUCCAAUUCCAAAACUAAGAGAAUUGAAAAAGCCUAUACCUACACCAAGGAGAAGCAUAAUCAAAGGUAACUUGGAACAAAUUGCAGAAACUACUCCUAGUACUAUAGAAACUAUAUAUGCACUGCCAGAGUUACCAGAAACAAAUGUAAAUUGUCGUUCACCUACACCAUCAAGAAGUGAAAUUGGUAAGCCAACUUCUACAGAAAGUUUAUCUAGUGUUGAAGAAUCCACAAAUACUAAUACCUUAACAAAAAGGGUAAGUUCAGCAUCAAAGCAGCUAGCUGAUGAUAUCAGCCAACUUGUGCAAGAAAGAAAGAGAGCUGUUAUAGAAGGAACUAGACAAAGUGUUAGAAGAAUUGCUAGAAGAUUUAGUUCAAGUUCACAAAGUGAAAGUGCUUCUGAGGAGAUACAGCAGCCUGAAAAAGGUGAAGAGGACAGUAUUAGUUUAUUUAGUGCUAUAACUUUUAGUUCACCUCUGUCUGCAACAGAAAAUAUUUAUAAUAAUGUAGAAAGUGACCAUAGUUCUGUUUCUUCUGAUGAAAACUCCAUUGCUCUACCUCCCCCAAGUCAUCCUCCACCUCCUCCCCCAGAUGAAUCAUUAUAUGAUGCUCCAUUGUCAAUUGCUUCUAGCAGUAAUUCUGGAAGUUCUAUCAAUUUUAAACCUAAAACAGACAAUUAUGAAAGUAUAUUUCCUCGUCAUUCUUAUAGUGGCGAGCCAACCAGUAAUAAUGCAGAUAAAUCCAGUUUUUUGUGCAGAUCAGAAUCUUGGAGACUCUAUGAUGGUGUGACUAAAGACAAUGGAUAUACUACCUGUGCUGAUCAAUUGGAAAAAUCGUUAAAAGAACUUGAAAAGAAAAUAGAUAAUCUUGAUAUAAAUUUGAAUGUUAGUAAACCUGAAAGACCUCCCAGUCUGAAACCCAGUGUAUAUGAAAACCAUCAAAUUUUAUCUCCAGUUCCUCCUCAAAGACCUCCACGUGCCUCAAAAAGUGUCAUAGAGAUAUUUGAUCCAAUUAUGAGACAAGACAGUUUAACAGAUAGUGUACAAGGUCAGAAUGAUAUCCGACAGUUGGAAGAAAUGCUUCAAGGAGAUCUCUAUGGAAACUUAUCAAAUGCACAUACGUUUGAUGAAUGGAGCAUAUCAAACGAAUCUGAAUCCGAAGAAGUCGUCAGUCCUCCAACACCUCCAAUGAGGGUUGAUUCCUUGCCUGGUGAUGAACAAGAAGCGGAAAAAGAAAAAACUGAUCAACUGAAGUCACGAUCGAAUUGGUUUACACAAGAGAACUCUACUCCAAAGCCAGCUCCCCCAGACAACAAAAAGAGCAGUUGGUUUAAACAAGUCAAAGGGGUAUUAGAAAAGGCUCCGGAUGUCGUUAGAGGUUUCAAAAAUAAAGACAAUUCUGUGGAAAGGGCCGCCAUAGCUGUGAAUAUGGUCAUUCAGAAGAAGGGAAUGUUGUACAAAGUUCAAAAUGGACCAGUGGAGGAUUUAUUCGGAGAAUACAGUGGAAGAUGGUGCAUUCUGGAAAGUUCAAAUUUUCUUUGUUAUUCCGACAAUACUUGCCAAAAUUUGAAGGAGAACUUUACUGGACAGAAUAUUUUAAGCAUUCAGUUACUACAAGACAAAAAAUACAAUUAUAAAUACGAUAAUGAUGAACUGUACUGUUUUGAACUAAAUACGACUGGAAAAACUAGAGGUGGGCACAUCUACGGUACAAGAAACAGUGCUGAAAGAAGGAUAUGGAUUCAAUUCAUUUGUGAAUCUUUGACACAUAGGUUCUCAUCAAAAAUAACUACAAAUAUCAAUAGAAUGGGAUGGGCCUAUGUUAGAGAAGGUGUGAGUGGUAAAUGGGCAGGUGCCUGGAUAGUCCUAGCUCAAAGAGAAUUUAGCUAUGCGAUAGAUGGCCAACCUGUAAAACACAUGGAUUUAAGAAAAGCUAGAUGUAUUGUGUUGCAAUCUUAUGCGGAUGGUGAGAAUCCCAGAACUAAUGAUAAGGGUCCUAAUAUGUUAAUAGACUGUCCGAAUAUGGCCUUGUAUUUAAGAAUGUGGACUUCAAGAGAGACUAAGGUUUGGUGUCACAUAGUAAAAUUAGAAGCACAUGAUAAUGGUGCCAAACUAGAGCAACACCAAUUGACUAAGAAUGACGUUCCUGUGAUAGUUGAAAAAUGUAUUAAUUUUAUUUAUGCUCAUGGUAGUAUGGCUGAAGGUAUUUACCGCAGGCCCGGUCAAGGAUCGGCGAUUUCAGAACUGUUAACAAAAUUUAGGAAAGAUGCAUUUGCAGUGCAAUUAACAAACGACUUAUGUACCGAACACGAAGUAGCGACAGCACUGAAGAGAUUCUUCCGAGAUUUGCCAGAACCCCUUUUAGGUAGCAACCAAAGGCAAUAUCUCUAUGAGGUUUCGAAGCACAAAAACAGAGAAGAAAAAAUAAGAAUGUAUAAAGCCGCUCUAGACCAGUUACCUCGUAUAUCUUAUAAUACUACCAGAAAACUGAUAGGGCAUUUACACUUUAUCAGUUCACAAAGUGCCAAAAACUUAAUGACAGCUGAAAAUCUUGCCAGUAUAUGGGGACCGACUUUAUUGCAUUAUGAGGAUCCCGAAGGUGAUAUAAAUGUAAACCAUAGUCAUCAACUUGAUACAGAAGUGGUAGCUCAAUUGAUAAAAUACUAUCGGUAUAUUUUCCCCGAAGAUCCAGGAGAUUUAGAGAAGGAGAAACAUAUGUUACGAGUCUUGGAAAAGUAUUCAAAAGCCCAACAGAGUAAAGUAUCAGAAAAAUCAGCAGGUGAUUUAAGGAUAUGGGUGUAUCUUCACAACAAAGAAGGACAAUCUUUUAAUGUUUCGAUCGGUCCUAAUAAAACGGCAUAUGAUUUGUGCAAAGAAUUGUGCCAGCAAAUGAGACUUCUCGUGCAUGAACUGGUAGUUGAAGAGGUUAUUUUAAAUGAAAAAUUGAUUAGACCAGUUCAUCAUCAAGAAAAGCUAUUGGACGUUGUGUUAAAAUGGGGCUACUGGGACGAGCAAGAUAGAAAAGACAAUUACUUGACAGUAGCUCCACUGUCAAAAUAUUGGGAGUAUAUUGUAGAUAAACGAUAUCCGGUCUCAGGUGAGAUGAGAUUUGCAGAUAGCAAAACAAGACUGUGUAAAAUGUUAACGUUCCAAUUUUCUCAAGGAAAAUUAACAUGUUUUAAAGAUAAAUCGGGAGAAGUCAUUUUACAUUCUUGGAACAUAGAGGAUAUAGUGUGGUAUCUAGGACACGAAUCAAAACGAAGCACACAAUCGAGAUGGACCAUUACCUUUAUCGACGUCAAGGUACAACCUGUAAGAACAAAGAACUCUACGUUCUUCGGAUCCGUAAUAGUUUGGAACGACGCCGCAACAAGAGCCAAUUGGCUUAGCGCUAUGUUGAACGCAAGGUAUCCAAAUAAUGUGACACCUCCUCCAAGUUUGGUGUCCAUUUAAUAAGAGAGGGGAAAAGCUUUAAGAAGACGGGAAGCACGUGAUGUUUGGAGAUUGGUACUGAAAUUAAACCAAAAAUAUCGAACAAAAUUAUUAAAUUUUCUCUUUAACUCUCAUCU